AUGAACGGAGAGGAUCCUUUCGACAGCGAUGCCGAUCUCAAUCAGGCCACGGAGCAGGUGGCCAACAGCUCGCUGUGGGAAAUUCAGCUCCUCUUCCGGCACCAUUUGCCUGCUGUCUCUACCCUGGCGAAGCUGUUCGAGAAGCCUUUCUUCAAGCCUACGUCGCGGAAGCUGGACCCGGAGAUUUUCCUGGACCAAACUGUGGCAAAGGCCUACGAGCAAGCGCUGAAGUCAGCAGAUCGUCAGGUCUCCAAGCUCAAAGCACGUGGUGCCAAGUGCCCUGUGGCUUUCCGUGUGGAGGACGAUCCGCUCGUGCUCCGAGUCUCUGGUUGGGUGGCAGCGUUGUCUACUGGACAGCGCCGCAUCGGUGCCGGCCUCUAG